CCGAGGAGAGAUCAGUCGGUAGAGGAGAAGUCGAGGUUAGAGAGAACUGGGAGGCACUUUGCUGUCUUCAAUCGAAGUUGAGGGUGCAAAAAUGCAGAGUAAUAAAACUUUUAACUUGGAGAAGCAAAACCAUACUCCAAGAAAGCAUCAUCAACAUCACCACCAGCAACAACACCACCAGCAGCAACAGCAGCAGCCACCACCACCACCAAUACCUGCAAAUGGGCAACAGGCCAGCAGCCAAAAUGAAGGCUUGACUAUUGACCUGAAGAAUUUUAGGAAACCAGGAGAGAAGACCUUCACCCAACAAAGCCGUCUCUUUGUGGGAAAUCUUCCUCCCGACAUCACCGAGGAAGAAAUGAGGAAACUGUUUGAGAAAUAUGGAAAGGCGGGCGAAGUCUUCAUUCAUAAGGAUAAAGGAUUUGGCUUUAUCUGCUUGGAAACACGAACCCUAGCGGAGAUUGCCAAAGUGGAGCUGGACAAUAUGCCACUCCGUGGAAAGCAGCUGCGUGUGCGCUUUGCCUGCCAUAGUGCAUCCCUUACAGUUCGAAACCUUCCUCAGUAUGUGUCCAACGAACUGCUGGAAGAAGCCUUUGUGUUUGGCCAGGUGGAGAGGGCUGUAGUGAUUGUGGAUGAUCGAGGAAGGCCCUCGGGAAAAGGCAUUGUUGAGUUCUCAGGGAAGCCAGCUGCUCGGAAAGCUCUGGACAGAUGCAGUGAAGGCUCCUUUCUGCUAACCACAUUUCCUCGUCCUGUGACUGUGGAGCCCAUGGACCAGUUAGAUGAUGAAGAGGGACUUCCAGAGAAGCUGGUUAUAAAGAACCAGCAAUUUCACAAGGAACGAGAGCAGCCACCCAGAUUUGCACAGCCUGGCUCCUUCGAGUAUGAGUAUGCCAUGCGCUGGAAGGCACUCAUUGAGAUGGAGAAGCAGCAGCAGGACCAAGUGGACCGCAACAUCAAGGAGGCUCGUGAGAAGCUAGAGAUGGAGAUGGAGGCUGCACGCCAUGAGCACCAGGUCAUGCUAAUGAGACAAGAUUUGAUGAGGCGCCAAGAAGAACUUCGGAGGAUGGAAGAGCUGCAUAACCAAGAGGUGCAAAAACGAAAGCAGCUGGAGCUCAGACAGGAGGAAGAGCGCAGGCGCCGUGAGGAAGAGAUGCGGCGACAGCAAGAAGAAAUGAUGCGGCGACAGCAAGAAGAAAUGAUGCGGCGACAGCAGGAAGGAUUCAAGGGAACCUUCCCUGAUGUGAGAGAGCAGGAGAUUCGGAUGGGUCAGAUGGCUAUGGGAGGUGCUAUGGGCAUAAACAACAGAGGGGCCAUGCCCCCUGCUCCUGUGCCAGCUGGUACCCCAGCUCCUCCAGGACCUGCCACUAUGAUGCCGGAUGGAACUUUGGGAUUGACCCCACCAACAACUGAACGCUUUGGUCAGGCUGCUACAAUGGAAGGAAUUGGGGCAAUUGGUGGAACUCCUCCUGCAUUCAACCGUGCAGCUCCUGGAGCUGAAUUCGCUCCAAACAAACGCCGCCGAUACUAAUAAAGUUGCAGUGUCUAGUUUCUCAAAACCCUUAAAAGAAGGGACCCUUUUUGGACUAGCCAGAAUUCUACCCUGGAAAAGUGUUAGGGAUUCCUUCCAAUAGUUAGAUCUACCCUACCUGUACUAUAGGGAGUAUGCUGGGGCAGAGGGCAAGGGAGGGGUGGUAUAAACAAACCAUGUGUGGUAUAAUGUUUAA